GUGGACGUCGGCCAAGGUGGAGGCCUGCCCUGUUAUUUUCCCGAUCGGAAUGUUGCAAACCUUCAAGGUGAAUGAGUUGUCCCGAGAUAGGGUGGCUGCUUACGGACCUUAUGCCGGGCUGAAGACCCUCGACCGCUUGGCUACCGCGGGGUCCACACCCUCUCUAGGGAGGUCUACCUUCUUCUCUCGGAGGGAAAGUCGCCAGGCCCUUCAACGAAUUGCCAGGCACCUGGAGAGCCAGUGGUUCAACCUGUACCACUUUUGGCAGGAAGAUGGUUUCCGGAAUGUCCACAACAUCAUGGUCCGGAAGUUCCAGAAGUUUGGACCCAUUUACAGGGAGAAACUGGGCAGCUACGAGAGCGUCAACAUCAUCGACCCCGAAGAUGCCGCCACUCUCUUUAAGAAUGGCGAGUCCUGGAGGCACGACCGCCUGACCCUGAACAAAGAAGUCCUGUCCCCUCAGGUGACCGACAACUUUGUGCCUCUCCUGAACGAGGUGGGGGAGGACUUUGUCAAGCGGGCCUACAAGCAAAUCGAGAAGAGUCCGCAGGGAAGAUGGACGGCCGACUUGACCAAUGAGCUUUUCCGUUUCGCCCUGGAGUCGGUUUGCAAUGUCCUGUACGGGACACGCCUGGGCCUCCUGCAGGACUUCAUCGACCCCGAGGCCCAGGAGUUCAUCAACGCCAUCACCACCAUGUUUCACACCACGGCGCCCAUGCUCUACAUACCACCGGGCUUUCUACGUAGGAUCAACUCGAAGACUUGGCAGGACCACAUAAAGGCAUGGGAUGUUAUCUUCACGCUUGCUGACAAGUGUAUCCAGAAGAUCUACCGAGACCUCCGUCUGAACCAGAAAAACCCCAAGGAAUAUAUGGGCCUCUUGGGCAGCCUCUUGCUGCAGGAUAAGUUACCCAUCGAAGAUAUCAAAGCCAGCGUGACCGAGAUGAUGGCCGGUGGGGUCGACACAACCUCCAUGACCCUCCUUUGGACUAUGUUUGAACUGGCUCGGGCGCCCGCCUUGCAAGAGAAGCUACGGGCAGAGAUCUUCUCAGCCAGGGCUGCUGCACAGGGGGACGCGGUCAAGGUGCUGAAAUCGGUCCCGUUGCUUAGAGCUACCAUCAAGGAGACACUAAGGCUUCACCCGGUCGCCGUGACCAUACAGAGGUUCACGACAGAAGAGAUUAUCCUUCAGAAUUAUUUCAUCCCUGCCAAGACGUUGGUGCAGGUAGGGAUUUACGCCAUGGGCCGGGACCCCCGGUUCUUCACCCGGCCCGACCAGUUCAACCCAGACAGGUGGCUGAACACGGACUCCAAACACUUCCGAGGACUGAGCUUCGGCUUUGGGCCCCGGCAGUGCAUCGGCCGCAGGAUCGCGGAGCUCGAGAUGCACCUCUUCAUGAUCCACAUGCUCGAAAACUUCAAAAUUGAAACCAAGAGAGGAGAUCAGUUCAGCCAUGCUGAAUGUGAUGCCCAAAUGCCUGUUGCCUUCAGCUUGCUUUGGGCUGUAUUAGAUACCCAGUGA